GUGACAUUGGACCCCAUUGACCAGCCAUGUCCCAAAGAGACAUUGCAGCAGAUCCUCCAGCCGUUGCAUUCGGACUAUACGUCUCACCAUGAGGCCGGGGCUGAUCCUGCUGGCUCUGACGCUGCUCCCUAUAACGUCCCGCUCACAAGAGUCCUGUGAGAACCGUUGUGAGAAUGGCUUUGAUGCUCAGAAGACUUGCCAGUGUGACACUAUGUGUCGAUACUACCAGAGCUGCUGCGCAGAUUACGAGACCGCCUGCCGUAUGCACAUCCGCGGAGACACGUUUGUGUUUGCCGAGGAUGACGAUGAGCAGAUGAGCCCAACCAAAGCCACGGGUAGAGGCCGGCCACACGGGAGGCUAUCAAUGCCCUCCACCACUGCCAUGACUGCCACAGACGCUGGGACAAGAGCAGGGAGCACAGCAGACAUGAAGCCAAGCCCAUCCAUCACCACACACCCUGAGGGCCCAAAAGUGGUUACUCCAAGUAAAACAGAUGUGCCAAAUACUACCAAUGUGCCAGGUAGUACCGAGGUGCCAGAUAGCGCCGAUGCUCCACGCACCACUGAUUUUUCAAGCAUCACUGCUGCGCCAGUGACUGCUGAUGUGUCAGGGAUCACCAAUGUUCCAAGUGCCAUGGUUACGCCAAUCACGGCCGAUGUGCUACAUACCACCGAUGUGCCAAGUGCUUCUGUUGAGCCAAUUACUGUUGAUGUGUUAAGUACCACCGAUGCUCCAAGUGCUUCCGUUAAGCCCACUACUACUGAUGUGUCACAUACCACCGAUGUUCAAAGUGCCACUGUUAUGCCAAUCACCACUGAUCCCACGCCAACACAGCCUCCAGAUCCAGAUGCGGACGCUUGCAGCGGUAGACCCUUUGAUGCCUUCCUGCAACUCAAGAAUGGUACAAUCUUUGCAUUCAGAGGUAUCUACUUCUUUGGCCUGGAUGACAAAUCAGUACUGCCAGGCUACCCCAGACUCAUCAAGGAUGUCUGGGGAAUAUCUGGGCCCAUUGAUGCUGCCUUCACCCGAAUCAACUGCCAGGGCAAAACAUACUUCUUCAAGGGAAAUAAAUAUUGGAGAUUUGAAGAUGAGGUGCUGGAUGAGGACUAUCCGCGAGAUAUCAGCGUGGGCUUCGAAAAAGUCCCUGAUAAUCUACAUGCAGCUUUCUCAGCUCCCGCCCACGGCCACCAUGGCAAAGAAAAAGUGUAUUUUUUCAAAGGGGAUCAGUAUUUCCAGUACGAGUUCAAACAUCAGCCAACUCACGAGGAAUGCAUACAGAUGUCCUUAAGAUCACCCUCCAUGCCUUUCCUGCAUUACACCAACAUGUACUAUCAGAGCUGGGAGGAGUUUUACAACAUCCUCUUUGGAGGAUUACCAGGUCACCACCAUGGGCCUCACUUCAUCAACAAGGACUGGAAAGGACUCAAAGCCCCGAUCGAUGCUGUGAUGGCAGGGAGGCUCUAUGUCAUUCCACGACCCCCGCCAAGGCAGGACCAGAACAGAAACAACCAGCAGCAGUGGGAUCAGGGUUGGGGCCAGCCAUGGAGCUCCCGGCGCAGGCAGAACCGCUCUCCACAGUGGCCCGGCUCCAGUCAGUGGGGGGUGAACAUCGGGCGAGAGUUCGCCGAGCGCGGCAUGAACAUCGGCCGGGAGUUCGCCGAGCGCGGGAUGAACAUCGGGAGGGAGUUCAUGGGGUCGAGGAGCCAUGACGACCGCAUGCGAGACCUGGAGGAUCGCUGGCGAGACGAGCAGGACCGACGGCGAGAUGAAGAGGACCGGCUGAGGGACAGGUGGAGAGACGAGAGCAGGAGGCGACACGACUAUGAUUACAGAUUCGACUCAAGGGAUGACUUCCUCCUCGACAUGGUGCGCAAGAGUCAGCCGGUACAAAGUGUGUACUUCUUCAAAGGAGACAAAUACUACAGGGUGGAUCUGCAGUCGAAGAGAGUUGACCCAGCAAGUCCUCCAUAUCCAAGGUCCAUCGGCAAAUACUGGCUUGGUUGUAAGGAGAAGCCUGGGGCAGAGAGGAAGUGAGCCCAAAGGGGGAUGGUUACUAGCCCACACAAUAAAGACUGUCUUAAUAAGCCUUCACUGAGAGCCCAAGUCAAUAGGAAUCCUAGAUAUAAAGUGAUACACGACUGUUCAAAUUGUUUAUCAGUUAUGAACCUUUGGGUGAAAAAAAAUGGUGAUGGAUGGAUCUAGUAUGGCUUUUUAGUUCUCUCUGAACUGUUUUCUGUUAUUGUCUGCUUGGCUUUCAAUGGUUGAUACUCACUACAGGAUAAACCUGUCUCUGUCAUUCCCUCUCACCUACUUCCCAAUACACUGGAACAAAGUUAAUGUGCUUGCAGGAUGUCCUUAAGUAAAUGCGGUCAUAUACUU